AAUUCCAUACUAGUACACGGGGCAAGCCUGAAAAGUAGAAGAUGACCACUGCCGGUAUUGAAAUAGAGGGUUGCCGCCGAACAGAAGAUUGUCGAUUGAAGUCGAACUCAACUCAAGUCUGCCUUCAUCGAACAACUGAGCGACGAGCCUACGAGACAUGGCUCUAUCGGAUUUCACAUCGUACUUGAAUGGCGGCUUAUCGCUGCUCUAUCUUAGCUUUGCUUUCAUCGUCUACUAUGUCAUCUCAUCCGUCAUAGCCUACGGCCGUCUUCGCGAUUUCCCCGGCCCUUUCGUCGGACGAUUCUCCUACCUAUGGCUCUUAUCAAAUGCACGCUCCGGUCGACCAGCCGAGCACUUUACCAAACUCAAUAGAAAGCACGGCUCUCUAGUCCGCAUCGGCCCCAAUGACCUCGUCACCGACGACCCGGACAUCCUCCGCCGCAUGAAUGCCGCACGCUCAACUUACGGCCGAUCAAGCUGGUACGACACCACGAAGCUGAACCCCCACAAGGACAGCAUGUUCAGCCUGCGCGACGCGGGCGCACACGACAAGCUCAAAGCCAAGACCGCGGCCGGGUACGCCGGCAAGGAGAACCUCGCGCUCGAAGACGACAUCAACUCCCAGGUUGCUAAUUUCGUGGACCUCAUCCAGAGGAAGUAUGUCACUACCAACGACGAGGUCAGGCCGAUGGAUCUGGGUAGGACAGCGCAGUACUUUACCUUGGAUGUUAUCACCAGAGUUGCGUACGGCAAAGAGUUUGGAUACUUGAUUACUGAUUCGGAUGUCCAUGACUACAUCAGCACGACGGAAGCGGCUAUACCGAUUCUGCAGCUCUGCAGUGAGGUGCCGUGGCUUGCCAGCGUUAUGUUUUCCAAGCCCGUCCUGGGCGCGGUUGGUCCAAAACAUACUGAUAAGAGCGGGUUGGGAAAGUUGAUGGGAGUCGCCAAGGAGGUUGUAGGACAACGUUUCGGCGCGGAUGCAAAGGAGCGACCGGAUAUGCUGGGUGCCUUUAUUCGGCACGGCGUCAGCCAGAGUGAAUGUGAAACCGAAGUUCUCUUCCAGAUUGUUGCUGGAUCAGACACGACCGCAACAGCAAUCCGGACAACUCUCCUCAAUCUGAUGACAUCUCCCCUCGCAUAUUGCACUCUACGAAGUGAAAUUGCUACAGCUAUCACUCAAGGCCACAUCUCUUCGCCCAUUACCAGUGAGGAGAGUAAAACGUUGCCAUACCUCCAGGCCAUAAUCUAUGAGGGUCUCCGAAUGUGUGCUCCCUUCACGGGUCUUUGCGCUAAGGAAACACCUGCCGGAGGAGAUACCAUUGACGGACGUUUCAUCCCCGGGGGGACGCGCAUCGCCCAGAAUGUCUGGGGCACGCUGCGCCGCGUCGAUGUCUUUGGUAAAGACGCGGACCUCUUCCGGCCUGAGCGGUGGAUCGAGGCGGACGAGGCGACGAAGGAUAAGAUGCAGAAGACUACUGAGUUCGCUUUUGGAUAUGGGCGAUGGGGUUGUGCGGGUAAAAAUGUUGCGUUCCUGGAGUUGAACAAGGUGUUUUUUGAAUUGCUUCGCAAUUUUGACUUUCAGAUCUUGGAUCCUGCGAAGCCUUGGCAUAGCGUGAAUCACAACAUGUUCAUGCAAGAUAACUUCUGGGUCAAAGUUACUGCGCACAAGAACUAGGAAGAUCGGGGCAAGGAAAACGCAGCUAGAUCGCAAAGCGUCCUUUCCAUAGAUCGUCCUUAACCUAGCUGCUUAUCUUCGCGCAGCUUCCAGUGGUAUCGUUCAUGAUGAUUUGGAUCUUAGCUGUCGCGCUAUAGUAAGUAAUAUGUGAAGUGGUCAGUAUAACAAUGGUGACUCAAAGUGCCUACAAAGU